GGCACCCUGCGUGGCCGGCCUGCGCCGGGCCCCAGACCCUUCCGUCUUCCGGAAGCGGACGCGAGGCUGGCUGCGACUGGGUGGGCAGCUACUGCAGUGGCGGGCACGGCGGGAGCGAGGAGGAGUAAAGGGGUGCGGGCCUGGCUCCCGCGCCGGAGUGGAGCACCAUGGACGAAGCUGGGAGCUGUGCGAGCGGCGGAGGCUUCCGCCCGGGCGUGGACAGCCUGGACGAGCCGCCCAACAGCCGCAUCUUCUUGGUGAUCAGCAAGUACACGCCCGAGUCGGUGCUGAGGGAGCGCUUCUCGCCCUUCGGGGAGAUCCAAGACAUCUGGGUGGUGCGGGACAAGCACACCAAAGAGUCCAAGGGCAUUGCAUUCGUCAAGUUUGCCCGCAGCUCGCAGGCCUGCAGGGCCAUGGAGGAGAUGCACGGCCAGUGCCUCAGCCCCAGCGACACCAAGCCCAUCAAGGUUUUCAUUGCUCAGUCCAGAUCAUCUGGAAGUCACCGAGAUGUUGAAGAUGAAGAACUUACAAGAAUAUUUGUUAUGAUACCAAAGUCCUACACAGAAGAAGAUCUACGGGAAAAAUUUAAGGUGUAUGGAGAUAUCGAGUAUUGCAGCAUUAUUAAGAAUAAAGUAACUGGAGAAAGUAAAGGCUUGGGCUAUGUUCGAUACUUAAAACCAUCACAGGCUGCCCAAGCAAUAGAAAACUGUGAUCGAAGUUUUAGGGCAAUCUUGGCUGAACCUAAAAAUAAAGCAUCUGAAUCCUCAGAACAAGAUUAUUAUAGUAAUAUGAGGCAGGAGACUUUGGGACAUGAACCUAGAGUGAAUAUGUUUCCAUUUGUUGGAGAACAACAAUCUGAAUUUUCAAGUUUUGACAAGAAUGACAACAGAGGCCAGGAAUCCAUCUCCAAACGCCUGUCAGUUGUAUCAAGAGUUCCUUUCACUGAAGAGCAGCUUUUCAGCAUUUUUGAUAUAGUACCAGGGUUGGAAUACUGUGAAGUUCAACGAGAUCCGUAUUCUAAUUAUGGUCAUGGAGUGGUUCAGUAUUUUAAUGUAGCAUCUGCUAUUUAUGCAAAAUACAAGUUACAUGGAUUUCAGUAUCCUCCUGGGAAUCGGAUAGGUGUUUCCUUCAUUGAUGAUGGGAGUAAUGCAUCAGAUCUCCUUAGAAAAAUGGCAACGCAGAUGGUAGCUGCACAGCUUGCAUCAAUGGUGUGGAAUAACCCAAGUCAGCAGCAAUUUCUGCAAUUUGGAGGAAGUUCUGGAUCACAGCUGCCUCAAAUCCAGACAGAUGUUGUACUUCCGUCAUGCAAAAAAAAAGCCCCUCCUGAAACUCCGGUGAAAGAAAGACUUUUUAUCGUGUUUAAUCCACAUCCUUUACCUUUAGAUGUACUAGAGGAUAUAUUCUGUCGUUUUGGUAACCUGAUCGAAGUUUACCUUGUGUCAGGAAAAAAUGUGGGGUAUGCCAAGUAUGCAGAUAGAGUAAGUGCUAAUGAUGCCAUUACUACUUUACAUGGAAAGAUCCUGAAUGGAGUCAGACUUAAAGUUAUGCUGGCAGACUCCCCAAGAGAAGAAUCUAACAAACGACAAAGAACUUACUGAUUCUUGAGAACAAAGACUAAUGACAUAAUCCUCAGCUGACUGACUGAAAAUGUGACUGGACGCACUCCUUGUGGACAGUUGACGGCUUUUUUUUUUCACAUACCUGAUAGUCUCUGCACAGCAUUGUUUUGUCUUGGGGAGCAGGGAUUGUUGACAUGUAUUUUUAAACCACACGUUAAUGCUAAAACUAAUAUAGUAGUUGUUUCUUAGAGCAAUAUGUUGUUAUGUGUGGCAGAAAUAAAGUUUUCUUUGCUUAACUAAAUCAUGCCUUAUUUAUGUAAAAGAUCAGAAAUGAAAAAACUUGAAAGUCAGUGUUUAGAAUUUGACUAAAUGACAUAUUUCAUUGAUUUUGAGAUGCACACUUGUACACUUCUGACAUUGGAAAUAUUUUGAUAUCCAUUACUGUAAUUGACAACCUCUUUUUUUCUUUCUUAGUGGAACAUAAAGAUGCUGUUUUCAAUCAGUUGCAUCUUAGAUUCAAUAAAAUAUAAUUGCUACUCAACCUACACAUAUAGAUUGGCUCCUUACACUUACUCUAAAGCAAGAGCCAAAAGACAUAUCAUUAGAAAUGAUUUUUUUAUACCAAGAUACAACAGUUUGUUGGUAAUCUUGUACAGAUCGUUCAAGAUUUUUUUUUUUUUUUAAUUUUUGGCUGCUGUGGAUCUUCGCUGCUGCAAGCGGGCAUUCUCUAGUUGCGGCGAGCAGAGGCUAUUCUUCAUUGCAGUGCGCGGGCUUCUCAUUGUGGUGGCUUCUCUUGUUGUGGAGCAGGGGCGCUAGGUGCGGGCUUCAGUAGUUGUGGCUCGUGGGCUCUAGAGCGCAGGCUCAGUAGUUGUGGUGCACGGGCUUAGUUGCUCCACGGCAUGUAGGAUCUUCCCAGACCAGGGCUCGUACCCAUGUCCCCUGCAUUGGCAGGCAGAUUCUUAACCACUAUGCCUCCAGGGAAGUCCCUUUCAAGAUUUUAGAGCAGUGGUGCUAAGGGAAAAAAAAUUUAAGUUAUCACUGAUAAUAUGUUUAAAUAAAUAUCAAUGGCUUUGGUAGGUGGACAUUUUCCCUUUAUAAGUACAGAACAUAAUGGCCACUCCAAAAAUAUGAUAUAUAAGCAAUUUUCAGAACAGACUAUGAUAGGAAGAAUAGUCAUUUCAUAAAAGAUUAAAAAUGAGGAGCCUACUCUGCUUGUAUUUUGAAAAUCCAAGAAAAAAAAUUUUAUCUGCUCUUGAGGUGAAUGAUACGUAUCAGAAAAGGUAUAUCUAAGUCAAGAGUUUGGCACCUUAAAAAAAAUAGACAUUAAAUGGCAUGCAGUUGUUAAAACAUCACUUAAUUACCUCCGCAUUAUGCCUUUCACAUCCUGAGUUAAAUUAAAAAUAGUGAAAAGAUUAAAUUCACUGAGCAUAAUAGCAUAUUUCAUGCUUGGACAUUGCUGAAAAAUUAAAAUCCUUUUUUUUUUGAAUCAGUAAUUUUAAUAAAUUUAGAUAAGAAAAUAUCCUGUCUUAUCUUCCCAGGCAAGACUUACUGAACAAGGAUUGAACCAAGUAUCUUUCUGUGAGCCAAAGGCCAUAUUUUAAAAAGGAAGCAAAUGGGUCUUUAGAAAUGAAAAACUUAACUGAGGAGAGUUGAGGAUUAAUUACCAAUAGAUAGAUUUAUUCAUCCCAAACUCAUUUACUGCACACAUAGUUCCAUUUUCACAGAUUGGAAUUAAAUUGUCCCUUGUAGGUUAUCUGGCUCUAACACUCAAGUAAUGCUUGAAUUCCCCCGAAAAUAUUCCCGCCAGGUGGUUAAUCUAAACAUGUAAAAAUGGGAAGCUCCCUACUGCCUGCCUAAGUCCAUUACAUCUUUGGUUAAUCCCCAUAAUUGACAUAAAACCUAAUUCCCUGCUAUUUUACUUGUUAGUCUUAAAGUUUUUCACUGGACCCUGUUGACGUUAGCUAUUUCACAUGAUAGCUGUCAUAUGCCCUCCUGCCAUCCACUGAUUUUCUAGUGCAGAUUAAAUGACCCCAAAUUUUCUAUUCUGCAUUUAAGUUCAGGUAGCCAGUUGCAGCAAACCGUCGUGGUUUCAGUGAAGUGCCUUGUCUAUGUUUAUUUCCUUGAGUCCUUCAUAUAAAUUCUGAAAAAAACAUGUAUACAUGUAUACUCUGUCUACAAAACAGUUCUUGGCUUUUACAGUGUGAGUUUCUCUUGUGUUUUCUCUCCCAAUUGCAUGCCUCAGUAAAUAAUGGUUACUUUGGCUUCAGUGUUGCACUUAAUCUUAAUCGUUUAGCCUUAUUCCUGCUUUCCUGUCUCUUGCUUGCAGUUGAUCCCUAAAACUUUAAAAGCCAGAAUCUCACAUUUUUCUUAAAAUGAGGAAAUUCUAGAACCUAAGAAAUAGCAUUUAAUAAUCUAGUGCUUUUGUCUUCACCUAAAUGUUUACUUCUCAAAUGCACUUUUGGUAUAUGAAUAUAAUGUAUAGAUAUUUCGAUACCAUGCAUACGUCAGUUAAUAAAAUUGCCAAUAUAGUGGGGUUUUUAUUAGGUAUGGGUUUUUUUUACUUAAAAGAAAAUGCUAAGCAAUACAGAUCAAUAAAAUUCUCUUUCAAAUAAGUGGUUCGCAUAAUAACUAACAUUUAAAAUAAAGCCCAGUCAAACUUGCUUGUAAAUUUAUUGUCAGGUCUUUUACGGUAGAUCACAGAUGCUGAAAGCAGCUAUCAGAUUUGCUCUUCUAGAGCACCAUGUCCCAAACUAUGUUCCUUGAAAUAGUGUUCUCUUGAGAGAAGUCAAUACGUAUUCUUUAGGAAAGAAAUUUUCAUGGUCCAGUAUGUUUAGGAAAUGUUCAGUUAUUUAUUAGUUCACAGGUUUUUUGACCAUGAAGCUUCCGGGGCCUUUAAUAUGCUAAUGUACCCCAUCCCUGUAUCUCUAAAAGAGGACCAUAGUUUGCACUGUGAAAUAGUAUGUUUUUAGAGGCACUAGUGUUACAAGGAGUAGAUUUUAGUAAAGAUCCUUCUGAAAUAUAGACUGUUUUUUAUUCAUAUGGUGUGGUGCAGUUUUAUUUACAAGUUGUUUUUUUUCUGUUGUGGCCUCUCCUGUUGCGGAGCACAGGCUCCGGACGUGCAGGCUCAGCAGCCAUGGCUCACGGGCCCAGCCGCUCUGCGGCACGUGGGAUCUUCCCGGACCGGGGCACGAACCCGUGUCCCCUGCAUUGGCAGGUAGACUCUCAACCACUGUGCCACCAGGGAAGCCCUACAAGUUUAGUUUUUUUAAACUUUUUUAUCCCUUUUUUUAAACUUUUUUAUCCCUUUUUUUAAUGGGAUAAAAAGUUAAUGCAAAAUACUAAGGAAAUUAUUACUCUAAAAUUGUAGCUUUCUCAGAAAUUAGUUCUCAACCUACUCAGUAUUAAUGGACAGAGAAUAGAAAUAAGAGACUUUACCACUAGGUGGUGAUAAACAUUGCCACUCAAAAACAAAGUGCAACAUUCCAAUGUUAUCUAAGGCACUGAGCCUGAAAUGAUAGAAUUUGUAUUGUCUAGAGCAGUGGUUCUUAAACUUCAGUGUCUAUAAGAGUCACCUCAGGUGUUUGUUUGAAAUGCACUGAUUCUAUAGGUUUGGGGUGAGUUUUUCAACAAGCUCCCUAAGUGAUUCUAAUAUGGUAGUCAUUGGCAUUGACUUUGUGGUUCACUGACCUAAAGAGAUUCUAUGUGUUGGACCUUAGGUUGGACUGUUGUAAAAGUAAGACACUGAGAAGUUUCCAAGUCGUUUACCUUGAGCAUUAUUUAAUAGAAUUAAGCCUCUGCUUUCCCUCAAUUUAAUAUCAGUAGGUAUUAAUUACAAUAAGAAAUUGAAAAACACAAGCAGUCUUACAAAUAGCAAAAUGUCAGGCCAACUUUUUCGUGUUGGCAAAUGUUUUUUGAUGUUUAUAAAGGAUGGUAAUUAUUUGCUUUAUGCCAUUCAAAGCUCCUACCUAAUUUUAUUUUUUAUUUACAUUUAUUUUGAAGUGAAUUAUGUUAAUAAGUUUUCAGAUUUUGUCUCUAAAGAAGUGCAUAGGUACAUGUCAUUCUUUUUAAAUGACAAAAGAGCAUGAAGGUGAUAUAAUUAUCAUCAGUGUCUAAAAAACUGAAAUAGAAUAUUCACAAGGGUACAGAAAUCUUGUAUGUGUAAGUGAGUAUUCUUGCAGUCCUAAAGUGAAUCUUCUUAUAAAAUGAAUGCUUUUUUGGUGCACCCAAAAAUUCUGUUGAUUUGUAAGUGCAGUUUACCUGUCAGUACUUGUUAUGAGUGAGUAAAACUAAAAAUCAGUAAAGGCAAAAACAAAUGAAAUGUUUAUAUAGCCUUUUCACCCAGCAGUACAGCCACACGCAAGUUUUAUUUCUUCUGUAUGUGGAUGGUAAGCUCUAUUAAAAAUCGUGGCAGUUAAUUUUUACAUACGAUUUCAGUAAAGAGAGAAAACAAAAGGUCAUCCUUAUUAGAUAAGAAGUUCCAUUUUAAUAUCUGAAUUCUAAUAAAUGGAUUGCAUUAUUUCCUUUUCUAGAAACAGUAACUCAAGAACAAUGGAUCCUGGGAACCAAAGGUAUGGUAUUGCUAGGGGGUCAAACAGAAAUAUUUAGUUAAAAUAUGAAAUUGCAGUUCAUUCAUUACAAUGAACAUGCUUUAUUUAAUUAGAAGAGACUUGUCCUCAGGAGAAUAUGCAGUUCCCACUAAAGUUUGAGAAAGUUACCAGGCCCUGCGAAAAUCCAUUUGAGUGGUUAUCACAGGAAAGGGAGUCCAAUGACUGUCGUAUAUGAAUUGCAGCCAGUAUCUAGACGUCCGGGUCCAUGUGAGCUAGCUGACCAAGACUACAACUACUGUGGCACCCUAGAGACUGCCUUUCUGACCACACUGCUGCAGAAGUGGUAGAAGGAAGGCCUCAGGAGGCUGUUUAAGCAAAGUUAUUUGUAUUGGAGAUACAAAAAUCAGGAAUGUGUGAAAAGGCAAGUACUGUUUUCCACAAACACUGGGAAAAUAUUGAGCACAGUAGGAUAAUCAAAGUGCUUACUCACAGAUACUCCUAUGAAUCUACAUUCUGAGUUGUCCUACCUUUCCAUUUCUGAUUUUGUAGGUAAAUGGUGGUACUACUAAUUUUCUUGCUCAUAUAUUAUCAUUUUCCAAUGUCAGUAAUACACAGGUCACAGCAUUCAUUAGCACAGAGUUCUUAGGGAUUUUGUUUCUUCUGUUAUUUUUGUGGGGUUUUUUAACUCUAAAAGAAGAGAUUUAAAGUCAUCUAAUUAAAGUUAUCUACUGAUUUACUGGAAGAUCUGAUAUAUAAAAGUACAUAAUUUUCCUUUCAUCAUCGACAAAUCUGUCUGUUGUAUUGGUUUUGGGCCCUAGAAGUUAGUUUUUGCAUUCUUUUAUUAUUGAUCCAUUAGCACAAAAAACUUUCUUCCUCUUCCCCAUUAGUACAUUAGUAACUUAAGAAAUUUAAGUGUCCGUGUGACAUUGGGGGAAGGUACAGAAAGGCUCGCAGUUUGUUACUUGUAGGACUGACUUUAGGAAGAGUCUAUAGUAGUUGAUGAGAGCACUGGGACGGACUGACCUGCUUCGGCAGUGUCAAAAUUGGACCAACAAUGGCAAAGAAAAAGUACACUUGGAGAGAGCACCCACCUUUUCUUUACCAUCACAAACUCCUGUGUGGGUUCAUCUCCCAUUAGUACCAUCUUGGCUUAAUCCCUUCAUCAGAAACUCCUAGCAGGGCUCAUUUUCUACCACUUUUACCCUAAAUCUGGGAACUGUAAGCACUGUAAUGUAGUCCCAUCUUUCACCAGCCCAGUCUUAUUUCACUGCAGUAACUCAAAGAAAGUAUUUCAUAAAAAAGAAUGGAAGUAGAUCUUACAUCAUCCUGCAAGAUUAGUAGUGUGCCUGCAAUACCCAGCUUCUCUUUAAUAGCUUUCAGUUACUUGUAAUGUAGGAAUGUAUCACGUCUUCUAGGUCUUGUUAAUAUUGUUAUUCUUCAGUUCUCCUAAGAGCAUAUUUCACAUAUGGUAUCAACAUUGCCUUUUUGGACCUGUUUUCUCAUCUAGAAAGUAGAAGAUAAUAAAGGCUGUGUAAACAAACACUUGCAACCCCCUUCUCCCAGUUUUCUGUAAAAAUACCCAUGAAAACAUUUAAGUAAAAAAAAAAAAAAAAUUGGUAUCAUUCAUAGAAACUUAGAUAAGAAUAGUAGAUACUAGAAAAAAUUUUUACUAAAUAAAGCAGUAAGGUGUGGAUUUUUUUUAAAAUGGCUGACUCAAAUUCCACAUGGAAACAACUUGUCAUGUAAAACAAGAUGAUACCUUAGCUUCCCCCCUUUUAACACAAUUAACGUAUGUAUAAGAAGGCUGGACUAAUAAUUUGAGACAGCUAUUGAGAGUCCCAUCAGAAAAGGCUUUCAUUCUGCAUUUCUUAACUAGUGACACUGAAACUGCACUAUCUUGGAGUUGUGGUUCCAAGAGAACCACAACUGGCAUUCACCUUGGGGUGGGUAGGGUCAUAAAAGAGAUCCCACCUAUGACCACAAGAGAAAUGCUGAAUGACAAAGGCAGCAUUAGCAACCCAAAAAGAUCUUUUAGCUUCUGCCCAUCGGCAGAUUUAGAAUACUUACAGCAGGAUUGUUUUUAAGUAUUCUUUCCAGCCUCUGCCCUAAGAACUUUGGUCUUAUUGCCAGGAAAUCCCUUACCCUCUUCCACCCUAAGGCUAGAUCUGAUGGACAUCCUCGGAUUUCCUGGAGGAAUGAAAUGUGUCUGACAUUUCUGACCGUGUGCUUGAUAUUAUAUCAGCACUUGAGUGGACUGUAAAAGAGCUGAAAGCAAUCCUCAGAGUCUGCCAAUUCUGAAAUCAGCCUAGCUAAAUCUGUCCUCAUUGAGAAAUGGGCAAGAGAUUUGACCUCCUGGCACUUCACAAAAGAAGACCAAGAAGCGAUUGCAAUUUCUUUCUUUUUUUUUUCCUUUCUUUUUUCUUUUUUUCUUUUGGCAGAGGAAGAGAGGAUUGGGUAAAUUCCUUAGCUUUUAUAAAGAAACAUUAAAACAUGUUUUUUACUUUGACUGUUAAUGUAAGUUGAAGAAUCUUUUUAAAAUCUGUUAAAUGCUCAAUAAUAUUAGUCAUCAAGGAAAUGCACAUUAAAACUACAGUAAGAUACGCUUACACUGGUAAAAACAGCAAAAAUUAAGAUAUCAACAAUACCAGGUGUUGGUGAGAGUGUGGAGCAACAGGAUCUCUCAUAAACUGCUUUGGAAAUAUUUGACAAAUACCUGUUAAUGUUAAAACGUGCAUCUACGCUCAGCUCAGCAGUUCCACUUCUAAGCAUGUAUCCAAAA